UAUGAUUUUGUGCGCGCGCACCUACAUGCGUGCGAGAGGUGCUGUGAUUGGCUCUUUGUUCGGCUCUUUGUUCUUUUUUUCUUUCGUUUAAAUACUCUGCUCCGCCCUUUUUUUUUCUCUCUGAAUUCAACUCCAGGUUGUGUGCACUGCUUCUGGUGAAUGCUUUCAGAGUUGUGAGAACAAAAAUUGACACACACGCAUAUACAUAACAGAUAUACAUAAACCAAUCACACAGACACACUCACUGAAAAAGCACACAGACACACUCACUGGACACACUUCCCAUCACAUAGUUCCUGCUAAGAUGCCGCGUGCCAAGGGCCACAGGCGGGCACUAGCCGCCAGGACGAAGAUGGCAGAGCGGCAGUCACUGACCCCCAUACCUCUUGUCCCCGAGUUCGUCGCUCGGCGCGGCACUGGGUUCCGCCACCGCGUGCGGAGGUGGCCGACUUCGGACCUGACUGGCCGUCAGGUGAAGUUUGUCCCUCCAGCUUUCGACCCGGAGAAGAAGACUGUCUUCGUCAUCGGCGAUUUCCACCUGAGGGGCCUGGUGGAUGGGGACGUCGCCUUACCCAAGGUACCUCUCUCUUUUUCUUUUCUGUUUGUUCCAGGUGGAGGUGCAGCUGCCCUGAGGACAGAGGUGGGGCGCCUGGAGUUCCCGUGGACCCCGGAUGUCGUCUGCGUGCUGGCCCCGAGCAACGACCUGGGCCGUGGGCCCUUCUGCGAUGCGGCGGUGGAGUUCGGCGCGCUCCUGACCAGCGUCCGCAGCCGCUGGCCCAAGGUGUUUGUUCUGGACUUCCCCCCGCGUCUGAACAAGCCCGUGGGCCUGCAAGAUCUGCUGCGUCAGGAGCACCACCGCGUCACAACACGCAUGGGUGCACCUCAGCGACACAGGUGGCUCGCCCAUCCUGGUGGAGCUGUUGUGCGACGCUGCGCUCACCCUAUUCGCACCCGACCCCCCUGCGCCUCCUUCCCCUCGUCGGACAGACUGCCUGGAUCCCCCAACGUGGCCCGGGGUUGGACAGGAGGGAAAGAUGGCCUGCAUCACUGCAUCUGCUGUUUUUUUGGAGGAAGAUGGCAGAGCGGCAGUCAUGGACCCCCAUGCCUCCUGUCCCCGAGUUCGUCGCUCGUGGCUCGCCCGUCCUGGUGGAGCCUGCGCCUCCUUCCCCUCCAAUGUUCAAUGAAACUGAACAUUGCGCAGAAAAUGGAAAAAAAGAAGGCCUCAGAAACAAAUUCUGCUGGACCUGUCUAGCCGUCUCUAACAGUCGGGGAAGCGCGGUGAUCAUGUUGAUUUAUGCUGCUGACAUUUAUUACUGGCCAUUCAGUGCCUCAUCCUGAAGGUUUUGGGUUUGAAACCAACUGGGGACUCCCAUCAAGUACUAGAAUUGGACCUUUCACACAAACUGACAAUUUGACAUUUUAUAUACAACAGGAGCAAAAGUCAAGAUUUGAGUUACAUGUAUAUAAUAAAUACAAGUCAACAUUCAUUC